AUGGCCUCAGACAUGGAGACCUCCGACGAUGAAGAGAGAACAUCAAGAACCGGUGCUGCUUCAACAUCUCAAAAUCAACCUGGGAGUGCUGCAAAUGCGGAUGAUGCUGAAUUUGAUAGGAUUUUGGGUGGCGAUACUGAUGAUGAUGAAAACAAUGACGAUUCUGACAGUGGAAUUGAAGAUCCGACAGCUGCGCUGAAGAAUCAAGUGGACCGAGAAAGAAGGAAAAGGGCUCAUGAAAGCUCUCAAGCAACCACCCGCAAAGUAAGAAAGGUUGUUGUGGGACAAAAACUUCCGAGUCAGUCCAGUGGACUAUCCCGCUCAAUUCGCAACUUCAUCAAGUUCAUGAUGGGAAUGCCUGCAUCCGUCAGUUCUUACCCAGCUGGCCCAACUUCAACAGAAUGGGGUAUUUGGCAUAACUGGACAAAGAAUCGCUACGACAAGGUGACAGCCCACUUGGAGAUUUUCUCAGAGAAGCAUAAGGAAGUGCCAAAGCCUACUUUCAAGAAAAUGUAUCGUGAAGAACUGGACCGCAUCCGCAAGAAAUUAACUCCACCGCCGUUUAUAGCCACUCCGGAUGUUUUGAACAGCGAGAUCAACAUCCCAAUGCACGUGAAGAAAUCUUGUGAACAGGAGAUCCAAAUUGCGGGAUUUGGACGUCUCACGUUUGAGUGGAAGGCUCGAUCGUUUACGACAUCACCUUGGAAUGGGACUCUUGGAACAAUAUUGAUGAAACACUACUAUCAAUGGGCCAAGUCACAACCUGGAACUUUUUGGGACGAAACAUCAAGCAUGGAGAAAAUAUUGGAUCGUUGGGUUCAAGGUCAGGGGAAAUUAAUGAAGAAGGCGGACCGGUCGGAUGGAAAAUCUUUGGAAGAUCUGAAAAUAGAAAAGUCGAGGAAAGCUACCAUCAACCAAGGUAAAACUAAAAUUGCAGAAAAGAGACGAGAUGUUGCCAUGAAGAAGAUGGGCAACCAACCAUCCUUGGCACUACUUUUCACAAAGGAAACCAUCUCAGAUUGGGAGGACCAGCCUUCUCCAGCAAAGCCAAAACGCAUUGUGCUGCAAUGGAGAAGCCCUGCUUUCACUGCUUGCUCUCUCAAGCUUGAUGAAAUGGCUUUGACCAUCUGCAAAACCACCGCCGAAAGAGCCUCUAUCCGGAAGCUUCUCGAACGAGAUCCGGUUGCCAUCACAAAUGUCCCAGUGGAAUUUGAAGCGGUACCUCGGAAGCUUCCAAUAGACGCAUACGACUCCACAUUCUUAUCAGGCCUCUCUCCAGUUGAAAAGGAGCACCUUGACAUGGGAGAUGCAAUCGAUUUGGAUUCCAAGGUACAAACUUUGAACGAAAUGACUCUACGUGGGCGUGGGGGGGCUGGAAUACCUCUGAUUAGUCGUGGAAAUGUAGGAGGUCUUGGUGUGGGGGGUGUGCAAGGACCUAGUAGUGGGACUUGA